AUGCAGUCGCAACCGAAGGAGCAGAGCUGUGCUGUCUUCGCGCUGCUGACGACAGCGAAGAUUUUGGGCGUGUUGUUGGCACUGUACUGCUUCCUCUUCGGGCUUGAUCUUAUGGGCGGCUCCUUCGGCGCAUUGGGCGGGAAGCGGGCCGGGCAGCUCUUCACCAUCACGGACAAUCCCAUCGCCGGGCUCAUGGUGGGGAUCCUGGCCACAGUUCUUGUGCAGAGCUCCUCCACGAGCACCAGCAUCGUGGUGGGUUUGGUGGGCGCGGAGGUGCUGACUGUGAACCGCGCCAUCCCCAUCAUCAUGGGCGCAAACAUCGGAACUUCGGUGACCAACACCAUCGUGUCCAUGGCCCACGUGGGCGACCGCCUGGAGCUGGAGCGCGCCUUCUCCGGCGCCACGGUGCACGACAUGUUCAACAUGCUCGCGGUGCUGACCUUGCUCCCCAUUGAGGUGAUCAUCGCGGCGAUCUCGGGGGAGGGCGGACUGCUCUACUGGAUCUCCAAGGGCUUGACAGACGCCAUGUUGGGGAACGACGCGUCGGACCUCACUUUCCCAUCCCCCACCAAGGCGAUUGUGAGUCCACUGACCAAGUCGUUCCUCAGCAAGGACAAGGAUGUGGUGAAGGCUCUUUCCUUCGGCACGCCCCCGGAGUACACGAUUCCCGCGAGCACGAACACUUACUUCUGCGUGUCCGAGGGCAUGAGCAAAGCUUGGAAGAAGGUGGCCGAGGAUGGCUACGAGGCUUUGACCCCCUGCGGGGCCUUCGUGAAUCAGUGCAGUUCGGGCAGCUCUUGCUAUGUGGAUGCUGGGGCGUACUACACCAAUGAGAUUGAGGGCGCCCGCCUCAUCGGCAAGGGCUUCCUGAAAGAGGCCGGCGACGUGGGCGGUGGCAUUUUGGGGCUGAGCAUCGCGCUGAUCGUGAUGUGCGUGGCGCUCUACGUCAUGGUGAGGCUGCUGCACAGCCUGGUGAUGGGCCAAGCGAAGGCGGUGAUUAAGCGGGGUGUCAACAUGAAUGACUACUUGGCCAUGCUGCUGGGAGUUGCCCUGACCAUCAUCGUGCAGUCCAGCUCGGUGACCACCAGUGCAUUGACCCCCCUGGUGGGCAUCGGGGUGCUCCCCGUGGCCAAGAUGCUGCCGAUGACCUUGGGCGCGAACAUCGGCACCACCUUCACUUCCAUGUUCGCCGCACUCGCCGUGAUGAAGGCCGACAGCAUCCAGAUCGCACUCUGCCACCUGCUCUUCAACAUCAUUGGCAUCUUGGUUUGGUUCCCUGCCCCUCCGAUGAGGCGGGUGAUCGUGAACGCCGCCUGCACCCUGGGGUUCUAUGCCUCCUACUGGCGCUUCAUCCCGCUGAUCUACAUCCUCGUGAUGUUUUUGGCUGUGCCAGGCAUCACCCUGGCCAUCUCCGUGCUCUACGAAGCCUCGGUGGCCGGGGGCAUCGUGGUGACCCUGCUGGCCCUGGGCGCGCUGGUGGGGCUCGGCAUUUGGUGGUGGAAGGUGCUGCGCUUUAAGGUGGUGACCAAAGAGGAGCGCGCACAGCGGGAAGCAGAGCUGGGGGAGACGGACAUCCCGGUGGAGCCGAAGGACAUGGUGGCGACGGAGGCUGCAGUGUGA